AUGAGGUACGCAGCCUCUUACUACGACUACAGCAGUCUCUCGCAGUCUCCAGAGCUCCCUGGUACGCCAAGUGAAUCCGAAUACCCAGAAUACAUCUCAGAAUCCGAGUGCGAGCAAUUCGAACUGGAUUUUCUUAGCUACCUCCAAAACAAACGCCAGAAAGAGUGUGAGGCGGGAAUCUGUGAUUGCCUCAGCCAUGACCCUCCGGAGCCACUCAAAACUGGGCCGAGCCACGAGUUGAUUAAAGUCACUCUUACGGUCUCGAAGCAGGACUACAGCGACACGGAUAUCGCCAUCCCUAUCACUAUCCCUAUUCCCCUCCCGAACCCAGUCUCAGUCCCAGUCUCAGUACCAGUUCCGAUACUGGCCCUGAUUGCAGCGCAGUGA